AAGAUUUAGUUGUUUCCGCUGUAAAUCUAAAACAGAGUAAGCUUUCUUCACUUCAUCUUUAAACAAUAAUCUAAUUGUUAACUUUUUAGGUAGCUUUUGGUUAAGUUAUUAAGUUAAAUAAUUUACAAUGAGUGGACGUAACACUGGAGUAAAUGUUAGCCGAGAUCUUCUCUGGCUUUUCACCAAAAACCAUAACUGUAACAUCUAUAAACAAAAAGGAAUCAAAGUACCAUUCACCAAGGAUCCUCUUAACCCCAAGGGUGUUCAAACUCUUCGAUGGUCCGGUAGUAUUCAACGAAAAACCCUGAGUGUUACUCCUCAUCCUAAAGGUAAAGGUGUUGUCCUCGUAUACCGCAAACGCAAGUACCAAAUGAUGCCCAAAAAAGCUUUGCAACGAGUACCUCUCUUAAAAGACAACAGACGGUCCUAUCGAAGCAUUAAGAAAUUUGUUAACCGCAACUUCUACCGAACCGACCUUAAAAUGACUGUUCUCCGUAAAGCCAGUGCUAUUCUUCGUAGUCAACAACCUCGAAUCCACAGGAAGAGAAACAAGCGAGCAAAGAAAGCCGAAUAGACUUUGGUUAACCUCUGUAUAACCAGUUUGGUCAUUAAAUUGAUAAUUAUCGCUUACAAAUUAAAUUUCUCAAUAAUUUAGUUCAUUUAA